UACGGGCAGGAAAAAGGACACAGCUUAAUCAGGAACUAUCAGGAUUUUGUGCCAAGGUUAUUACAGGUGGCCAAAUUGGACCCUAAAAAGUAUCCUCCUCAACAGUGGUGUAUAUUUGGUGAUUGUAAGUGUCUCAUUUAUAUUCUCUCAUCUUAAGCUUACUAGAAAUUGUUUGUAUUAAUUCUUUUUCCUGGGUCUUUCAGCUGUGCUCAAUUCUCUUCUUAUCCUCUCCAAAUUCCUUCCCCGCUCAAAAAGGAUACAUGAUUGGGAGGAAAACAUGAACCCAAUAGCCAUACCUGAUGACUUUGUCGAACUUGUCCGGGAAGGAAGAAGUCUUCAGCAAAGUAUGGAUUUGAGAAGGGAACAUUCUCUAGGCGCUGUGCAACCGUACAUUUUGGCAACAGGCACAGCAAAAAAAAUUGAGAGCUUAUCAGUUGUAUUAGGAGAUAGCCACAUAAUCAAACUACCCAGAGGCUGUUUACCACUGCGGGCAGUUGAUGUUCUCAUCAAAGCUCAUUGGGCCUUAAGUAGUCACUUUUGUUUAGGGUGGAAAAAUACCUUUCGCUUUCUAAGCACUCAUAUAUACAAACUACCUUUAGAAAAUGAAAGACUUUCCACUUUCACUGCAGAAUAUAAAAAGCUGAUGUCUAUUGAAGUUGAUAAAUCUUAAAUCUGAUCUAGUCUA